CAUGAAACCGUCGGGAUCUACACCAUUUCUACUUUACUCCCAAAAGGCAUCCAUCUCUUGCGAACGAGUCCUCGCCGAGGUUGGGUAUUCGAGCUCCCUGCAGCCUCACUCAGGUCAUCCCUUCGUUUGUUGGCGCUUUGGUUCGUUGGUUCUGCACUUGGUCACGAAGAAACCCCGAACCGGCACUUGCCCAUCAUCGCUCGACAAUUAACGUCCGGAGCGACAACGGCGGCAUACACUCCAGCUCCUUGCCACUCAACCUGAUUCUUACUCAAGGUCUUUGUCAUGGAACAUACAGCCCCUAUGCUGCCAAUGAACGAACUGCGCGCCUUGCUUUCAGAGGUGGCUUCUCAACACGCCGACAAAGUAUUCGCCCACUAUCCAUUCGAGUUCUUCCCCCGUGUUGUUUUCGACGUGAGGUGGCAGCAAAGUCCUUUUCUCGGCAGGUAUCUGAUCAGCAACUUCAAAAAGGGCUGGUUUGUCUACCUUUUCUGCGGCGUCAACGCGGCCGUCUUCGCCAUCUGGCGAUACCCUUCUCUUCUCGACCUCCCUUCCAGGCUCAUCUCCUCUUCUCAAACAAAACAGCAACGGCAAGCGAGGAGUGGUAGAAGCAGUAGAGGUUUGGGCAGUAACGUAAGAACCAUCCACGAUCUCAAUAGGGAUCAGGGAGGCGCGAGCUCGGAACGAUUUGGAUCCUUUCUUAGCCUUCAGAAUGAGGCCAAUCACUUGCAGACCCUUCGCCGCCACUUCACUAUCUCUCUUGAUAACACUGCCCAGGGCCGUUGGUGGACCAUUUUCGGCGGGGCUGUCUCGCACCAGGAUCUCGACCAUAUUGUCAAGAAUCUGACCACCUUCAUCAGCGUAGCCACCAUCGGUAUCAACAGAGGUCUGUCCAACGGCCAGCUUCUUUGCGUCUGCCUGGGCUCUGCCGUCGCUGGGUCCGUGGCACAGCUAUGGCAUUUCACACACAAGAUAGAAAGAGAUCGCCAGAGCCGUCGGCGAGGAGUUAUCAUGACCCGUUACGGCUUGGGGGCCAGCGGUAUCGUGAGCGGAUUGAGCGUCGCUGUGGCUGUGGUCUUUCCAUAUACCCAGGUGCAAAAGUUCGCUGGAAUGCUGCCGAUGCCGCUGACGCUGCAGUUGUGGACGGUACCUUUGAUCAGCUUUGCCUACGAUAUGUGGAUGCUGAACGAUGAAAGCUCAAAGAUUGGACACGGGGCUCACCUUGGUGGUGCCAUUUUCGGGGGACUUUACUCCUUCUUUGCAUUGAGAAGGCUCACCUCUACAACUUACCGGUUAUGAUGUGGCACAUGAGCAAUGUAUGAGCGCGUACUAUUAUUCGAGAUGUUCAGGUUCCCGUAAGGAAACAUGGGGCGGGCUAGCUAGGCACUGUGAUCGCCGUGGGCUUUUCAGGUUUCGCAACCAGUUCAACAGCACGUGUAGAGCGCAGACUAUUUGCGGUUAUUUAGGUUGACCAUAACCGUGAUGUUAGUCCAAAGGAAAAGCAAUGUAUUUACAAGUAUCUCUUAGCCACAACGCCGCAUACAAAAGGAGUGGUAUCAUGAUGAAAGAACAAAAGCUGAAACCCCCAACCCCCAACCCCCUUCCCCCG